UUUUGCUACAAGAUAUAAUUUUUUAUAUAUUUUUGAUGUACUUACUAUAAUGUUUAAGGGGUCAAACAUAGUUUUUAUAGCACUACAGUGUAAUACGUGACCAAAUCCAAUAGCCAAAUAAUCUAAAAUAUGCAUGGGCUACAUCUGAUAAAGUUCCUUAAUAGAGAGCCUGGGAGUUCACAAGUUGUACAACAGAAACCAGAAUCAGUUCGCCAACAUUGUAACCAAACGGAAAAAUUAGUUACACAAAUAUUUAAACCUCAAGUGCAUGCGGAAAAUGAAGACAGUAAGCCAACAAAAAGGCCAUCAGCGCAGGAAUGUAUAAGUCAAAUAUUUAGACGACCCAAUUAUGAUAUUCCUAGAAGUAAAAUCUCAAAACGAUUUCAUAGCUUUUUGUUGCGAAAAGGAAACACUUUGUCAAAUGAUUCCUUUUGUACCGAUAGAAGAAGAAAACAUAAAAGAAAUGAUAAAGAAAAGAGUAAAACGAAACGAAAAGUUUUUUUACCACGAAGCGGAUCUGUUAGUGACAAAAUAGAAGUUCUUUUCAAAUCAAAAAAUUGGAAAUCAAAAAGAAGACGACCUUCGACAUUUAAUUCUAAAGAUAUUUGUAAAUAUGCAAUUCAUUACAACUCUAAAUCAUCUCACGACAUAAAUUAUGAUAAGAAAAAUGGAAAUAACAAGUUCUGUUGUCGAUUACACAUUCCGCAAGUAAAACGUCGUCGCAGAAGCACAACAAUCCCAACAGCUUCGAGUGAUAAUGUACGUCACCGUAAUUUCUACUCAGACCAUAACAUACAACAUACAAAUCUUAAUUCUACAUGCCAGCACCACGCCCAUCAAUUAGAUGGAACAUACAACGUCAUAGAUUUUUCAAAAGCCGCUCGUUUCAAUCCCACUGAUUCUUCUAAAUGUGAACCUCGCCUGUUUAAUACCCAGCAUAUAGCAGUGCCCACUACAUCGUUUGAUAAUUCUAAAGGAGGCGGAGAUAAUGCAGCUUUAUUACCAGUUCAAGGAAAUUGUUUAGUGCCAACUCUUCAGCCAAAAAGUCGUCCUAAAACAAAAGUAUUGUCGAAGUAUAAGAAUUCUUCUAGAUCGUCAAAUGUUCCUACCUGUCCUAUUUUUAUAACCAAAAGCGUAAAAUUAACCCUCUUUGCACUCUCUGUUAUUAUAUGGUUUCCAUGCAUAUUGAUGAUGUCGCUUCUCUGGAUAGUAUCAUAUCCCAUGAGGCCCCACGAAAUACUUCAAACUGUAAGAGAUAUAGAAAGCUGUAAAACAGAGAUAUGCCAAAAUGACGAUCAAGACUUUUGGCAGUCCAUUUAUACUUGUGUUGCUGGUGCUGUUAAAAAGCUAUUAGGUUUCUAUGAAGCCAUGUUCUCUUUGAUUAAAGAUAGAAAUGUGACAAAGUUCAAGAGAAACAGGCUGAGGUUCGGGGCUUCACAAUCUACCUUAUUGCGUCGGAAUAGAAAUAAACAAUAUCCAAACCCUCAAAAGAAGUACAAACUUUAUUAUGAUAAUGAUAGAGGGUGGGUAAUGAAGCCAAUCAAAGUAAGGAAAGAUAAAAGUUUUGAAAAAACUUUCACCACCCGUGAAGAGGCACUAUCUGAAGAAGAUAAAUUAGAUAAGAAUGGGCCUGCACUUGAUUUAAUUAAAUGUAAAAAUGAUGUUUCCAACGUUAAAUUCCCAUUCAAAGAUUCCAAAGUAACUAAAAAAGAACAAGAAUUAGAAAGUCAAGAUCUUUACGCACAAAGCCGACAAGAAUCAGUAGAAACGAAAGAGCAUCAAAUUCAAGGUAUUUCUCGAAAUCGACAAAAUGAAAACAAUAAUACUAAAGUUGGCGAUUGCUUAUGCGAACAUAUAAAGAAAAACGUACCCCAAGAUGUAAAGUGUGUGUGUGAAUCUGUGCAAACUGAAAGCAAACCACUGAAAUCUAAAAAUGUCCCAGUUUAUUCCAGCUUGCAGAAAUCACCUAAAUUCGUAACAUUUAACGAUAAAAUACAACCACAUUCGAAUUCACACUGUAUCUGUCCUAAUGAUGUAUUUUCUAAUGUUUGGAGGCCCUGUAAGAAUUGCUGUUCGCUCAAAAGUACGUGUAUUCAUAAUAAGCCAAAUGUAAGGAUGAACGAAAAGAAGGCACCAUCUCUACCUGUUAUUCAACGAAGAUGUUUGUGUAAUUGUAAGUUUAAUAAACCGAUACAAUGCCUAAACCGGAAAUAUGCUGUACCAAAUAAAUUAAAUACUAAACAACGAAGCCAUUUUCGACAAAGUAAAAGUCGAAAAAAAGUUGCACAACUAAAAUCUAGACCGAAACGCAUAAAUAAAUUUUCACAGUUCUGCCAAAGAUUCCGAAAAAAGGCAGCGGUCAUUGUUCAAGAGGCCGACACCAAAGUGUGGAACUGUGAUAAUUGUGAAGAUGUUUUUGUUCAAACUUUGCGGAAAAGACGCUAUGCCUGGGUUCACCGUCAAUGGCCGAAAUUUUAUCCUUAUUUCUUGAUAUUCUGUCAAUUUUAUGAAAAUUUGGCAUAUGCUAUGUUAUACGUUUGCACGGCGUGUAUUUGGUGUCCUGUUUUCUGUUGGUGUUAUUUCUGUUGUAACUUAUUUUGCAGAUGUGUGCUAUAA